AUGACUUUUUCUUUCAAGGCUCUCAGAUACAACAACAACACCACUCCGGUUACACUCAAGGAAACCCUGUUCCCCGACGUGGAGGAGUUGCCCACAGGCUACAAGGUGCCUGAUAAGAAGGUCCUUGUCAAGGUCCACUACGCUGCUUUGAACCCCAUUGACUUUUUGUUGAAGAAUGCUGCUCCUUGCUGGAUCUUCCGUGGCGAAAGAGGCUUUGCUUCUGACUACUCCGGUGAGGUUGUGGCUUUGGGCUCAGAAGCUGCUCAGAAGACCGGCCUCAAGGUCGGUGACAGGGUCAAUGGCUUGAACCAGACCCCUUUCGGCAACGGAACUGCCGCUCAAUACACUUUGGUCGACCCAUUUGUCGAAUCCGGUGAGUCCAUCAGAAAAACCCCAGAUAGCCUUCCUCUCGACCAGGCUGCCUCAUACCCUCUUGUGCUUGGAACUGCUCAGACGUUCCUCAACGAGGUUAACCCAAAGAACGCUUUGAAGAAGGUCUUGAUUCUCGGUGCUGGUACAUCUGUCGGUAGAUACACGGUCCAGGUGGCCAAAAAGGCUUACAAUAUUCAAGAGGUGGUGGUUACCUGCUCUGGUAAGUCUGCUGACCUUAUCACCAGCUUAGGAGCUGAUAAGAUUAUUGACUACACCCAGCACAAGUCAAUCUUGAAUCCUGUUUUGGAGCUGGUCAAGGAGUCCGGCAAGUUCGAUGCCAUCUUUGACUGUGCUGGUAACUCGGACUUGUUCCCUGAGAUUCACAACAUCAUCCAGAACAAGGCCAACUUCGGUUACUACGGCUCAAUUGCCGGAGACUCGAAGCUCAAGUACGGCAGCGACUCCUUGCUCUCUUUGCUCUUCAAGAACCUCAAUGGUGGUUUCAGAGUAUUGGCUUCUCGCUUCGGCUACUACGACUACUACUACAACAUUGUCAAGCUUCACCCUGGUGACAAGUGGGCCGACAAGGCCAUCGAAUACCAGAGCGAAUUGCAGUUUGUCAAUUCCAUAGACAGCGAAUGGCCCGCCCUGGAGUACCAAAAGGCUUUAGACAAACUUGCUUCCAACCACGCCAGCGGCAAGGUCUUGAUCAAAUUUGCUGAUUAG